UCAAUUUGUGUGGCAAAGAAUGAGAUAGCCCUCGCCCAAAAAUCGUCCCUUCCCCCUUCCAUCCACACACACUGACACACACAACCUCUCACACCCCUCCCAAAAGAACAAACUCCGGUCAGCAGCAACAGCAGCAGCAAUGGCCAACAUGAUCAUGGCUUCCUCCAAAACCCUAGUCCCACCCUCUCCUUCCCUCUCCACCACAAAACCCAAACCCCCCAUUUCCCAACUCCCAGCGCUCCCCAAAAUCACAAUCAAGGCCCCCCAACUCCCCACCCUCUCGUCCUCCACUCUCAUCAAAUCCCUGUCCCUCGCGGCCGCCACCGCUGUCGCCGUCGUCCCUCCCUCCUUCGCCGCAGAGAUAGAAAAAGCCGCCCUCUUCGAAUUCAACCUCACCCUCCCCAUCAUCGUGGCCGAGUUCCUGUUCCUCCAGUUCGCUCUCGACAAGCUCUACUUCACCCCUCUCGGCAAUUACAUGGACCAACGAGACGCCGACAUUAGGGAGAAGCUGAGCAGCGUCAAGGACACCUCCGGUGAGGUGAAGCAGCUGGAGGAGCAGGCCAAGGCGAUCCUCAAGGCUGCCAGGGCCGAGAUAUCCGGGGCGCUCAACAAGAUGAAGAAGGAGACGCAGGUGGAGGUGGAGCAGAAGCUGGCUGAGGGCAGGAAGAAGGUGGAGGCCGAGUUGCAGGAGGCCUUGGCCAAUUUGGAGCUACAGAAGGAGGAGACCAUUAAGGCCCUUGAUUCCCAGAUUGCUGCUCUCAGUCAGGAUAUUGUCAAGAAGGUCCUUCCUAUUUCCUAAGUUUCCUCUUUUUACACCAUUUCUUUUGGGUCUUGGAACCCAGGAACAAAUGGAGCUAGGGUUGCUUCUUUUCUAUCUAUGCCCAUUACUUCUUUUGGAUUCUACUCACAUUUGUAAUCAAAAUGUCGUUACUUUUUGUAUAAAAACUUGGUUUUUCACA